AUGGACCGUCAAUGGCGUCCUUCUUUUUCUUCCAACCCUCCGUCUUCCUCUUCUCCUUUACAAGAUCAAUUCUCUCGGCUUUCGCUAUCAGGUUCCGCUUCAGCUUCGCAAUUCCCGAACCUCCCUCGCCCUAACAACAAUGAUUCUUAUUAUCAUGAUCUCCAACAACAGUUGAAUAGAAUGCGAGAACUUAUUAUGGCUGCUGCAAAUCAAGAAGUCGUCACUAAUCCACACUACCCGAACCUCAUCAACAACACUGUCCCCGGUUCUUUGUCAGGUUCGGGUUCAGGUUCAGGUUUAGGCUCGGGUUCGGGUUUAGGUUCGGGUUGCGUUCCUCCUUUUGAUUAUUUCGCAAUGCUGCCUCGAAACGAGAUUCAGCCCGUCCUUGGUAACAAUUAUACUAAUAACAAUAAUAGUAAUCAUUACUAUAAUCCUGAUUUUCUGACGCUUCUUUUGUACAACACUUUCCAACAAAAUCUCAGUAAUAAUAAUAAUACUACUACUUGUCAUCAUCGUCGUAACAAUGUUAAUUACAACAAUAAUUAUUAUCCAAGGAGGAACACGAGGGCGACAACGACAGCAACAACGAUAGCAAUCCCUCGAACACGAGGGCUUGUUGGUAGUGUAACCCCGUCGAUGAUGUCGUGGGAAGAGAUCAAGGGAAAAGUUCUGAAAUACGCGAUUGAAAAAGAAUUUAGUCUCAUGAUGAUUAAUAAGUUCGACUUAGGGCAUAUGGAAGGGCUAAAGAUGGUUAUUUCCGAGAUUAAACAGGGUUUAUCUUUAAUCUUGAUGAAUUCUUGUGGUAAUGAAUUCUUUCAUAAGCUAUUGGAUAUACUUGAUCAUCAAGACAUCGUCGAUAUCUUAAAGGCUCUUGUUGCUAAUCAACAUGAUUUUCUUCGCAUUUGCCUUGAUAAUGUUGGGACUAGGGGAGUACAGAAACUACUGAGUUGCUUGGAUUCGGAUAGUCUAGAAGAGAAGGCGAUUGUUAUGAAUGCAAUUAGGGGAGGAGUGGUGGCUCUAGUAAAGAAUAUGAAUGGUUUUCAUGUCUUGAAAGCUUUGACAGAUGUUUAUGAAAUCACUGCGCCUAUACUGAGUGAAGUAGCCGAUCACUGUGUGGAGAUAGCAAUGGAUAGAAGUGGAUGUUGUGUAUUGCAAAACUGUAUACUGGUUCUAUCACCCGAACGUGAUCGUAUCAUUCAUGAAAUUAUUAAUCAUGCCUUGGAGCUAUCUGAAAGCGAUUAUGGAAACUAUGUUGUACAAUAUGUCAUUGGAUUGAAAGAUUUCCACAUUACGCAAGAAGUUCUAAGGGCUUUACAUGGUUAUCUGAUUCGUCUAACUAAGAACAAGUUUGGCAGUCAUGUUGUUGAGAAAUUUUUUAAAGAAGGUCAUGAAGAAUUCGUCGAACCUAUCAUCAGUGAGGUUUUUAAUGAAAAUGAUCACGCAAAUUUUCUUGAGAUUCUUCAACAUCCUACCGGGAACUUUGUUGCUCAAUCUGCUCUACGUAGAACCAAGAUGAUGCACCUUAAGCAUGGAGUGUGUAUGGGGAUGUGCUCGUACCGAAGGCUGGUGGAGCGAAUUUUGGCUAACUACGCGUUUUUGCACAGCCAUGUCCAUGGCAAAAGGGUGUUGUCCCUUAUCAGAUGCCACAGGUUCCGUUGAUUGCAUCGUUCAGCUUGGACCGUGUUUGAUUUUGUGUCAUGUUGUUUGUCAUUGUUUCGAGUAUGUUAUAAUCUUGUGUUGUUUAGGGUGUGCUUGUAGUUUGAGGAUACAAACUUAUGUUUGUUUUGUAGUAUUUUGAUUAGAGUAAAUUCUUAUAUUAGAACCAUAUAUAUGUAUUGAUAUAUGGUCUAUGUGUCUUUCUCUAGUGAUUAUUGUGUCGUUGUUUAGGGAUUAUUGUCAUUUAUUUGGUGUCGUUGUUUAGGGAUUAUUGUCAUUUAUUUGGUGUCGUUGUUUAGGGAUCAUUGUAGUGCUAAUAAAUAUCAUCAUUGUUGAUGAACUAGUGUUCUAUUCAUUCAGAU